AUUUCCAAUAUGACUCCAAACAUUCGUGACUUAGACUUACCUUCUCCUUCCUCUGAAUUGUGGAUUGGAGAAUUGUCAAAUUACCGAUUCUCGCUCAGACUCGAUCGCGAAGAAUAUGCUAGCAUUAUCCUUUACGACUAUGAUUCCACAAGUACUGCUAGGUAUCUCUUCUAUGUUGUGUUUGAAGAUGAGCGUCCUCACUGGAACUUGCUACUCAGAGAUGGCGUCUUCAGAUGCUAUGAUAUUAUCAACACGGGCGGAGACUUUACUGAAGUCAGAUAUCCCGGAUACUGUGUAAGAAGAGAUAAAGACAAGCUUUCACGACUUCAUUGAAGUCAUGCUAGAGAUAUUCUAAAAGACAUUAGUUGUUGAACAGAACCAUCACUAUAUACGUCAAUGCUACAGUAGUAAAGUUGUAAUAGUGCACCAAUUGCAAAAGGCAAUUGCUAAGUUGUGGCACACUACAAGGACUCGACAGGGCUAAUUAUGGAUGUGUCUGCAAUAAGAUAAAGAAGGAUCCAGGUAUUCUAAUCAAUGUUCGUAAGUUCUAACUCAG